AUGACGGUUGCCGCACCUCCUGUGGCCCCGGUCCACGAAAAUGGACUGAAUGGAGUCCCGCAUGGACACCAUGUGAAUAUGGGCUUGCCACGUUUCCAUCCAAUUGCCAUGAACCCGUCUCAGAUUGCACACCAUGAGCAUAUGAUGCAAAAUCACCACCACUUCCGACCUUUCCAACCUCCGCCUAUGCAAGAGCCCGGUCCCCCGGUACCGCCGCCGCCGCAUCAUCCGGCCAACAUAGACCACAUCGAGUCGCGUCUAAGGCAAUUGGAGCACGAAGAAGCAGCCCGUAUGGCAGCCCGUAGCCAUCUACUUGCCGUCCGGAAGCGAGAGGACGAAGAUUACCGUAGGAUGACCGAAAAUGCUGAGGCCGAAGAAGAGGACCUACGUAGGCAACGGAAACGCCUGAAGCGAGAGUCGAUGGGACUCGGAUUUAAUGCCGGCAUGGAUUCUCCGCCACUUCGCCCGACACCGCCGCGUCGUCUCUCGGAGACCAAUGCGGCCACCACCCUUGCGUUCUUCAAGCAGCAGAGUCCUCCGGAGCCCCGGCCAAUUCCUCCACCGCCAGUUCAAGCACCCCCGCCUCACCCACCGCCACAGCACAUUCCUCACGACCCGACGGGAGCUACUUCCAUCCGACGGAAACAGAAAUAUACCAUCAAGAACGUGGAAGCGUGGGGGGAACGCCAUGGACGGCCGGCGGCGCAUGAUCCUUCCGGACGCGCCCUAUGGAAGCGACCAUCGGAUGGGAGUUUGGUGUACCUGACAUGCCCGGUGUCUGGCUGUGGGAAGUCGGAUUUUGUGACUCUGCACGGGUUCAUGUGCCAUCUGACCAAGAAACACAAGGACCGCAGCCUGGGUAGUCAAUCCAGGGCCCUCGAGGUGUGUGGAAUUGUAUAUGACCCGAACGCUCCUCUGCCACCGAUGUCCACGGUGAACCGUGCAUCAACCGAGGAAAGUCGUCUGGAAUCAGCGCCCACCGACCCGGAGGGAUACCAACAGGAGGUCGAAUAUUCGUCGGCGUCCGAUGACGAGGAAACCGGAGAAAAGCCGUGCCCCGUGAAGACCGAGUCUUCAGAUCGGGCCUUGCCUACUCCCGCCGCGUCUCUACCAGCCGAAGAGGAUCGCCCCAAGGCAUCCAACCCCGGCACCUCCACGAAGCAGUCCAUCUCCUCCAUCAUCGACCGGGAUCCCGAAGACGAUCCCCGAGAGCGGUUAAACUCCAUUCCUCGUCCGCACGAGACCGUAUCGCGAGCCUCUCCAGAGCCAAGGCGCCCUGCCUUGGACGAGGCUGAAAUGCCUCGACCCCGAGAUCUGGAAAUCGAGCGCAGCGUGUUGAAAGAAACCGCUGAAGCUAGAUAA